AUGGCCAAAACCGAGCCAAAUGAACGGAAGCCUCAUAUCACUGAGCAGGCUAUCACUCUUGGUAACUGGCACCAACAUGUCAAUUGGGUCAACACAUCUCUCAUCCUGAUUGUUCCCCUGGGGGGCUGUGUUGCCGCAUUUUACACGAAGCUACAAGCAAUCACCGCCGCCUGGGCAAUCCUGUACUAUUUCUGGACUGGACUUGGAAUCACUGCUGGGUACCAUCGUCUCUGGGCGCAUCGGUCGUACGAAGCGAGUCUACCUCUCAGAAUAUUCCUAGCCUGUGUUGGCGGUGGCGCCGUACAAGGGUCGAUCCGGUGGUGGAGCAGCAAGCACAGAGCACACCACCGAUGGACUGACACCGCCAAGGACCCAUACAGUGUGAUGAAGGGAGUUUGGUAUUCGCACUUCAUGUGGAUGGUGUUGAAGCAGAACCCAAAGAACAAGGGAAGAACCGAUAUCUCUGACUUGAACGAAGAUCCUGUGGUGGUCUGGCAACACCGAAAUUAUGGAUCUGUCAUCCUGGUUUUUGGUGUGCUGUUUCCAAUGCUCGUUGCUGGGUUGGGCUGGGGUGAUUGGAAGGGUGGUCUGGUAUAUGCAGGCAUUCUUAGGUUCUUGUUUGUCCAGCAAGCUACAUUCUGUGUCAACUCCCUCGCCCACUGGUUGGGAGAACAGCCGUUUGAUGACCGAAACUCACCUCGUGACCAUGUCGUGACUGCAUUGGUCACUCUCGGCGAGGGCUACCACAACUUCCACCAUGAGUUCCCCUCCGAUUACCGUAAUGCCAUUGAAUGGUGGCAAUACGAUCCCACCAAAUGGUCAAUCUGGACAUGGAAGCAGGUCGGGCUCGCAUCCAAUCUCAAGGAGUUCCGAGCCAACGAGAUCGAAAAGGGCCGUGUGCAACAACUUCAGAAGAAGGUUGAUCAGAAGAGGGCCAAACUUGACUGGGGUGUUCCUUUAGGUCAAUUGCCGGUUGUGGAUUGGGACGAUUUCAUCGCCGAGACUCAGAGUGGCAAGGCCCUUGUUGCCAUUGCCGGUGUUGUACAUGAUGUGACUGAUUUCAUCAAGGAACAUCCUGGUGGAAAAACUCUGAUCUCAUCUGGGAUUGGAAAGGAUGCUACUGCCAUGUUCAACGGUGGAGUUUAUAUGCACUCCAACGCGGCUCAUAAUCUUCUCUCCACAAUGCGGGUUGGGGUGAUUCGGGGCGGCGGCGAUGUUGAGAUUUGGCGGCACCAAAACAAGCAGAGCGCAAUCGCUUAA